GCCUCGGCGUUGGAGGGAGGGAGAGGGGGCAAGAUGGCGGCGGUGGUGGAAGUGGAGGUUGGGGGGCCCCUGGACCGCGACGUGGAUGAGAUUGAUUUAUCGCAUUUGGCUCCCGAGGAGAGAUGGAGGGUCGAACACGCUCGGAUGCAUGUCAAGCACCGCGGCCACGAGGCCAUGCACGCCGAGAUGGUUCUCAUCCUGAUCGCCACCCUGGUGGUGGCUCAGCUCCUCCUGGUGCAGUGGAAGCAGAGGCACCCCCGCUCCUAUAACAUGGUGACCCUCUUCCAGAUGUGGGUCGUCCCCCUCUACUUCACAGUGAAGCUGCGCUGGUGGCGGUUCCUGGUGAUCUGGGUCUUCUUCUCGGUCGUCACAGCUUUCGUCACGUUCAGAGCAACACGCAAACCUCUCGUCCAGACGACUCCCAGGUUGGUGUACAAGUGGUUUCUGCUAAUAUACAAGAUCAGCUACGCCACGGGAAUUGUGGGCUACAUGGCUGUGAUGUUCACGCUCUUUGGGCUUAACCUAUUAUUCAGAAUCAAGCCAGAAGAUGGAAUGGACUUUGGGAUUUCUCUCCUCUUCUAUGGCCUCUAUUACGGAGUACUGGAGCGAGACUUUGCCGAAAUGUGUGCUGACUACAUGGCCUCCACUAUAGGGUUCUACAGCGCGUCAGGGAUGCCCACCAAGCACCUCUCGGACAGCGUCUGUGCCGUCUGUGGCCAGCAGAUCUUUGUGGACGUCAACGAAGAAGGGAUCAUCGAGAACACGUACAGGCUGUCCUGCAAUCACGUCUUCCACGAGUUCUGCAUCCGCGGCUGGUGCAUCGUUGGAAAGAAGCAGACCUGCCCCUACUGCAAAGAGAAGGUGGACCUGAAGAGGAUGUUCAGCAACCCUUUCCUUUUAACUCUUUCCACCCCAGCUGGGAACGGCCGCACGUCAUGUACGGGCAGCUCCUCGACUGGCUCCGCUACCUGGUGGCCUGGCAGCCGGUCAUCAUCGGACUGGUCCAAGGGAUCAACUACAUCCUGGGCUUGGAGUAACCCCGCUCUCCCUCCCCCCGCCAGCUCCCUCCCUCCACCUCUGUCCAGGUCGCGCCUGGGGAGCUGCGGCCACCGAGCUGCGUGUGGCGGAGGGCAGCGCUGAGAACACCCAAAGGAGGAGAUGCGUUUUGAAUCACUGGCCUCUCAGGAUCGCGGCCUCUUGCUCAGCAGCUGCUGCGACAGCUGGAAUUUGGGGGGGUGGAAAGGACUUUGCACAAAAGGGGGUGUCGCCGCCGCUUGGGUUGGGAGGGAGAGGAAUCUUUUUUUAAGGAAAAAAAAGAAAAGAAAAGAAUUAUUUUAAUGAGCAUAUUUAAAACCUUUUUAUUGCUGAUGCGAAAGGAAACAGAACCUUUGGGGGGACCCUCCCCUGCCGUCCCAACUCGCUCGUCCUUAGUUAUUAUGGUUGCCGUAGAGCAAAAGAAAUAAGCAGAGAGGAUCUGUUCUGCAGCAGCAGCACUGUCAGCCCCAGACCUUCUGUCCUUGCUGGCCAGCCCUGCCCCGUCCCUUGUGGGGGAUCAGGAUUCGCACUGGGGUCCCCUCCUAGCCAGCGCAGCAGUUCUGAGAAGCAGGACUUGGCUGUGGGAUGCAGCUGGGCUGCCCAAAUGAGGCCUGGGAGGGUGAUGUCUCUGCCUGCCGCCCCAUCACCAUCCAGAUACAGGAGAGGGGCUGGCAAGGUGAGACCAGCUGCCCAGGAACGGCCUAGAAGGUGGGUAGCAGCAAUAAUGUGCAUUUUGUUGGAGGGAGAGGCCCCUCUUUGAGUGUUCCAGCUCGGAGCAGCCUUUUCCCAACUUCCUUCACAUAUCUUGCCUUGCUGAAAGUAGUAACCACUCCCUGGCUUGCCUUAGGUUUAUAAACCUGGGCUGGUUCAGAAAAAUCUCCUCCUCUCUCUUUCUCUCUCUGUAUUUUUGCACUGUUUUUCCUCUUACAACAUCCCUGUUGGUAGCCGGGCAUUUUUUUGUACAGUGAGUUCCUUUUCUACGAGAGUAUGUCUCGCUGGUCUCUUGUCAGAAGAGUCAAGGCCUGCCAGCUCUCGACAAACAGGAGCUGCGAAUCGGGGCCUGCCGUGCCGACUCUUCACUGCUCCCCGAAAAGGACGAGCUGGCCGCCUUGGAUCCCGCGGGACGAUUUCUGCCUGCGGCCUCUCUUCUUUCCACGUUUGGACAUAACUGCGGGAACGCAUGCGGGUGUUUCUCCCGAAAGCACGUUGAUGACGAACUACAGAGAAGAGGGAGCUCUUGGCGGAGGGAAACCCUUUCCGAACUCCCACUCCUCGUCC